CGCGCUCAUGCUGCUACUCACAAAUUACUACAUCAAGAUCUACGUGAGGAAGAAGCCGCAAACCAAGAAGAGCAAGAAGGCCCAGUAGAAAAGAAUUGGGUCGGUCUUCCAUUCCAUUUCAUUUCCAUUCCUUCCAUCCCAAUUCCUUCCAUCCCAUGGUUUUUGAAUUAAUGGCCGAGAUGAGCCUUAUUGUAAGCGAACGGCCAAGAUUGACAAGGUCCAUUUGAAUUAAUUGAGCCCCAAUUUAAGCGAACGGCCAGGAUUGAGAAAACACAACGAACGGCUCCGAUGACUUUUAAUGCUUUUGAAUGAACGGCUCAGAUUUCUUACAACAUGCCAAGCAAGAACCCUAAAUCAUGGAGAAUGGAGCGAGGAAGAAUCACAAGAUCUGGGCAAUCCUGGGACUAGCCGUCGUUCUUGUGCUACUCAUCACGCUCUCAAUCGCCGCAACUCGAUCCCCCAGCGAUCCGACCGUCACUCACCAGGUAUUCUUCGAUGUCGACAUUGACGGGCAGCGAGCAGGGAAGAUCGUCCUGGGCCUGCACGGCUCGAUCCUGCCCAGGACCGUCGAGAAUUUCCGGGCGCUGUGCACUGGCGAGCGCGGCAAGGGAUCCAGCGGCAAGCGCCUCCACUACAAGGGGACGAUCUUCCACAGGAUAAUCCCGGGCUUCAUGAUCCAGGGGGGCGACAUCACACGCGGCGAUGGCCGCGGCGGCGAGUCGAUCUACCCGGGGGGAGCAUUCCGGAACGAGAAUUUCAAGCUCCAUCACGAUCACGCUGGGGUUCUCUCCAUGGUAAACAACGCAUCGACGGCUAGCGGUGUGAGCACGUCCCAGUUCUUCAUCACCACCGUCAAGGCGAGCUGGCUCGACGGCCAACACGCAGUGUUUGGGAGGGUCUUGAGCGGCAUGGACGUCGUCUACAUGGCGGAAGGAUCCGGCAGCUAUAGCGGCCGCCCUAGAAAAGUCGUCCGGAUUGUUCACUCUGGAGAGAUCCCGCGAGAAAAAUGGUAGAACAAAGGACCGCAAAGCUCAAAUCAAGAUUCUCUCCAGAAGAAUCGCUUCUUGGUGGCAAAGCUCGCAUUUUCGCUACCUCAAACUUAAAUCCUUCACAAGAUAGAGAUCUUCUCGAAGAUCAAGCUCGGUAGCUUUGAACAAAAAGCUCGUUUUUCACUA